AAGAGCUUAUUAUUUGUAGUGUGGAAAAUUUGAAUAAUUUUGAACUGCUUAGUUUGAAGACAAUGGCCUCAGCAAUGUCUAAACCAAGGCGGCUGCAUGGGAAGGUGGCUCUCAUUACAGGAGCUGCCAGCGGCAUUGGCAAGGAGACGGCGAGGCUAUUUGUAGCUAAUGGCGCCUUCGUUGUCGUAGCCGAUAUCGACGACAAAUUGGGCCAGAAAGUGGUAGCCUCCAUUGGCAUCGACCAAGCCAGCUUUCACCACUGCGACGUAAGAGACGAGAAGCAAGUUGAAGAAACAGUGAACUAUACCGUCGAAAAACACAGCAGACUUGACAUUCUCUUUAGCAAUGCCGGCAUCACAGACCCUGUCAUUUCUUCAAUUCUAACGCUUGAUAUGUCCAACUUUGACAACGUAAUGGCAACCAAUGUCCAUGGGGUUGUUGCAACGAUCAAGCACGCUGGACGAGUAAUGGUAGAGCGAAAGAUACGAGGGUCAAUCAUUUGCACGGCGAGCAUAGCAGCGGUGAUUGCCGGGACACCACCACUAGCAUAUACAAGCUCAAAGCAUGCAGUGUUGGGGGUGAUGAGGUCGAGCUGCGGGGAGCUCGGGGCGCAUGGGAUUAGGGUGAACUGCGUGUCGCCACAUGCGGUGGCGACACCAUUGACCUGUCGGGCUUUCGGUUUGGAAGAGAGUGAGGUUGAAGAGAUUGUUUGUUCAUCAGCAAGCUUGAAGGGUGUGGUGUUGAAGACUAGCCAUAUAGCUGAUGCUGUUUUGUUUCUUGCUUCGGAUGAAUCAGCUUAUAUAAGUGGUCAAAACUUGGUUGUUGAUGGAGGCUUCACUGUGGUCAAAUCAGUAAUGUGAUUUCUCCUUUUAAGGUUUUAUUGUGUUUUGAAUCAUACGCAAUAUUAUUCCAACCUUCAAAACUUUAAGGACUUGUUUGUUACUUUGGUAGAAAAUUUGAAAACAUGUGAUAUCAGUGAGGAUAAAGCUAUA